AUGCGUCCUAGUGAGGACGUACUCAGUGAAUUUUAUGGAUUGGUGGAACUCGAUGCAGAGAAACGUUAUAAAGCAGUUAGCCAAUUAUUUUCAAAAGUGAAAUCUGAUCCUUCUGUGCAAGAAUACUGUAUUGAGCGGCUUGUAACGGGAUUGAGCUCAGCUCGAGCAGCUGCACGUUUUGGUUAUUCAACUGCUCUUGUUCUUCUUCUAUCAGAAUAUCAUGAUCAUUGGACGGUUGAAAAAUUAUUCGACUUAGCUGACAAGAAACUUGAUCUCCAUGACAAGGAAAGCGGUUGUGCAAAUGCUAUUGCUCAUCAUCUCUUAGCCUGCGCUAUCUUCCAGUCAAAUGAGAGCGGUUGUGCAAAUGCUAUUGCUCAUCAUCUCUUAGCCUGCGCUAUCUUCCAGUCAAAUGUUUAUGACGAGUGUGACACUGUUUUGCUGGAGCGCGAGUUUCAAAUUUAUCGUUCGUAUCCUACUCUGGGUAUGACAAUUGUGCAACUUGUUGCUGAGAUUGCUGCAGGAAUGGACAAGAAGACUUUCAAAUCUGUGAGCUCUUAUCUU